CCCUCCCCUCUCCAGGCGAGGCUCAUUGCAGGGGAGUCAGCAGAAAUACUUCAAGUCUCCUGCUGUCUGCGCUGGAAGGAAACUGAAGUUUUCCGUUUCCCCUCCGCUCCAUGCAGUUGCAGCCAGACACUGCGGGCACAUGGUUUCUGAGAGGGCUGCUCCCCCCAGCUGCCCAGGAGCAGGCAAGGCCAGGCAUGUGAUGUGCAUUUAUUCCUAGGCAGUGCUGCUAACUUUGCAGUGGGAGGUCCGGUCUCUCCAGUCCAGACUUAGACCGACGCCUGUUAGCUGUGGGGCCUGGAGUAGCUCCCCUGGCCCGACCCCACCCACUGUGGCUCAGCUGAUCUGUGCCUGGGUGCCCAGCCGUGGCCGUUGGAGUUGGGGUGAGUGAACUGCGUGGGAUGCAAGAGUCAGAGCGGAGGCUUGAACGUGGAGGGGUUUCACCUUGAGCAACAGGAUGUUCCCCGGAAGAGGGCGCCCAAAUGGUUUCUUCCAUCCCUGCCCUCAGGACAUCAGCCCCUCCACCUACCCUGCCGACUUUCUCAGGGAUGACGAGGGCAUGGGGUGGGCGCCCCAGGACCGUCAGGAGGCAGCCAGCUGGGAUUACCGACACGGGAGACGCGAGGAAGGCUUCAGGGACAGGUGGCACUCGCCCUUUUCCCGAGACAUCGAACCCUACCCCGCUGACUUUUACGGGGGUGACAAGGGCAGACGCUGGGCACCCCAGGACCAUCAGCAGCCAGCCAGGUGGGAGAACCAACCCAGGAGGCACGAGGAAGGCUUCAGGGGUGGUUGGCACUCGCCCUUUUCCCAAGACAUUGAACCCUACCCCGCUGACUUCUAUGGGGGUGACAACGGUGGAUGCUGGGCACCCCAGGACCAUCAGCAGCCCGCCAGGUGGGAGAACCAACCUGGGAGACAUGAGGACGGUUUCAGGGAUGGGUGGCACUCGGCCACGCCACCUAACCAGCACUGCCCAGAGUCAGUAUCAAGGGAGGAACAUGGCAACUCCUGGGACAGGGAGCAAGACUUCUUCCCCAGGAAGUACCAUGGCCGCGGCUGGAAGCAUCACCGCGGUCCUUUCCGAGGCGGCUACCGAGGGAAAUUCACUCCUCACUACCACCACUUUCAAUCUUACUCCUCCAAAGAAAAGUUCAAGUCGUCCAGGUCAUCGGCCUCCCGCUCCCCAGAGAGAUUCUCAGUGUCGAGUAGAAAGAAAACUGUUUCUUCUAAGACAGAGAAAACGAAAUCAGCAGCACCCAAAAAGCCUGGAAAAUCCAAGAAAGACUCUGCAGCUCCAGUGAAAGAACCCAAACCGCUCCAGGUCCAGCUGGACGCUAGCCAGACAGCCACAGACCCUUCCAGCCAGGCCAGCUCUGCACUGGAUACUGAACCCCCAGCUUCACCCGAAACCACAGAGGAUCUUCAUCCCUUGGGAACGGAAGGAAUUGAGCUGGUCCAGCUGGGGGCCAGUCCUGAGGCUGCAGACAAUCACAGCCAGGCCUGCUGCAUUCUGGUAACUGACUCAGUCCUGGCUGACACCCCAGAGGAUCUUUGUCUCCCGGAGGAAGAAAUCAAGCUGGUCCAGUUGGAAGCCAGCCACGAAGCCACAGACGAUCCCAGCCAGGCCGGCUCUGAUCUGGCUGAUGAGCCCCCAGCCUCACCUGAAACUACAGAGGAGCUUCAUCCCAUCAGAACAGAAGAUACUGAGAUGCUCCAGCUGGAAGACAACCUGAAGGCCCCAGAUCUUCUCAGCCAGGCUGUCUCUGCUCUAGCUGCUUUACCUCCAAUCUGGUCUGAGAUCACAGAGGAGCUGCCUCCCGUGGGAAAGGAAGAAAUUGAGCUGGUUAACCUCCUUCCCUCACCCUGUCUGAAAUCAACGCAGGAGCAGCUGGCCGCUCAUCAGGAGAACGCAGGCUGUCCUUACCAGGCCUGCUCUGCUCUGGCUACCUCAGCGGAAACCAUGCAGUACCUUCGUUCUGCUACCAUACUGGCCAGAAAGGAAGAAAUUGAGCUGUCCUACCAGCAAUCCAGCCUGGCCUUUGCUGUGGUGGCCACCAUGCUGCUGCACAAAGAGCCCUCCAUGGAGGCGGCGAUGGGGUCUGCGCUGCGGGCCAACCUGCGGCAGGUCGGGGGCCACUGCCUGCAGGAGCUGGAGCGCUUCAUUUGCAGCUACGACUCAGGCUCCACCCGCUCUUGAGAGACGGCACAGCAGGAGACAUCUGCUCCGGCUCUGAGCCUGAUGGGGGGGAGGAGGGGGGAGUGCUGCUGGGGACUGGGGCUGAAGCCCCAGCGGUGGUUCUGGCUGGGAUGAGAAACCAGCAGCUGUGGACUUGUGCGGCUGCAGCUGGAGACGAUGGAGAGGGAGCAGAGUCCCAGCGUGGAGGGCUGCAGUCCUGGUGCUGAUGCUGGACAAUGGCAUGUAACAGGAAAGGGGCUGUUGGCUUGACAUGGUGGGGGAGGGUUAGUAAUUUGGGAAGGGGAGGGGAGGAGACAGCCUGGGGGAGGGCUGAGCGGUGCUAGGGCCGAAGGAGUCAGUAACCAUGGGGAUGGGUAAGUGGUGCCAGGGGCUAGGUACGGGGAUUGUUGGGCGGGGCUGACUGAAGCCAACGCUGUGAGUGAUGGGCGACAGCCUCCUCAGAAGAGCACUUGCAGCAGUUUCACCCGACCAGGAUCGUGGCCCCUGAGCCUCAUGGUUUCAUUGAAGGAGAGGAGUCCCUGAAAGUCCCUGCUUGUCUUCCCUGAACUUUGAAAUGUGUGUUUGUUUGUGGAGAAAAUUGUUUUAACUCUAAAAAAUAAAAUGGCAGGUGAUGGGCAGAGUGCCCCCUGCAGCUGCCCCUGUGCCAUCAGCAUUCCUGUGUAAAGGCAGCACCUGUUCGGUUGAGGCUGUUCUAUGCUUGUUUCAAAACAUUCAAUGUAGGGUAUUUCUCCCGUAGGAGGGACUGGUGGCUCUGCUUGGCGCAAGGUGUGAUGCAGGUAGCUACAAGAGGUGGGAUUUUUAAAGGAGCUAAGGGCUGGAUUAUUUUCAAGCCCUCAGCACCCAGUGUGCUGGGCUCCUCAGGAAAUCUCUCCACUUAAUUUUCUGUCUAAAUUGGAGCUGCCUAAAUUGAGCUGGCCCUAGGCCAGCUUAAUCCUCAGUCCCACGCAGAAGCAUGGCCACCCUGGUCCUCUGUGUUUGCAGUCCUGGACUCCCCACCCAGCUCUGCUGACGCACCUCUCUCCUGACUUGCAGCUCGCCUGCUCUUCCUUACCUGGGCUCCUUAGAUCAGCCCUGCAGGACUCCCACCACCUCGUGUUUCAGCGCUGUGCUCUGUCCCGCCAGCAUAUUCCAUGCUAGUGGCUUAGAUCUGGUCCACUUCUAAAAUUUAGGCUGACCCAACCCCCUGUGUAGACGCAGGCAGGCCAGCAGAAGGAUUCUUCCAUCGAGGUAGCUGUCGCCUCUCGGGGAAGUGGAUUAACUGCAUCACGGGAAAAAAUGCCUUCCACGAUUGCGGGAAGUGUCUACACUCCGCUGCUACAGCUGGAGCCCACUACAGCAGCUAUAGUGUAGACAGACCCUGAGUGGAAGGGAAGCCCCUUGCUUUGCCUUGGUCAGCGAG